GAGCCCCAGCGGGGCGGGGGAGGCAGCCUGAAGGGCAGUGAGGUGACAGGAGCCUGCGGGCCUUCGGGGACCCACAGCAUCAGCAUCCACCCACGCCAGCUAGUCAGAGAGGUUUCCACGGGAAACGGCCUGGGCGAUGUCUCUACACUCAGAGCCGAAGGCGGUCCCAGGCAGGGGUCGCUGCCUCCCAGCCCAGCAGGAUCGUGGGACGGGAAAGGUUUGGGGACCCGACAGGCGCGGCCCGCCGUGGGAGGCUCCGCCAGGGGCUGGCCGGUGCCCGAGGAGGCCGCUGACAGCAGCAAGGCUGUCUGGGUGGGGGUGUGCAGGGGAGGGAAGACGCCGGGGCUUCCCCAUCUCAGAGAGGACUUAGCGCUGAGACACGAGCACCCUGAACGCUUUGAUCGAAGGUUCAGCAGGGUGCACUGUGCUUUCCUCCGGUAA